UUGUAUUACCCACCAUAAUGAUGUCAAAUUCCACCAUAAUGAUGGGAUUUCUCCUCACAAAGUUUUCUGAUGUAUUGGAACUACAAGUUUUUUAUGCCAUAACCUUCUCUAUAAUGUAUGUAGUCACUCUGAUGGGGAACAUUCUCAUUGUUACUGUCACCACCCUUGACAGGAGUCUUCACAUAGCCAUGUACUUCUUCCUUAGAAAUCUGUCCAUCUUGGAUGUCUGCUACAUUUUUGUGACAGUUCCUAACUCAUGUGUCAAUUCUCUGCUUAACAGCAGCACCAUUUCAAAGGCUGGGUGUGUAGUUCAGGUCUUCCUAGUGGUUUUCUUUGUAUAUGUGGAGCUUCUGUCUAUCAUGGCCCAUGACUGUCAUGUGGCUAUCUGCCAACCUCUUCACUACCCUGUGAUCAUGAACCCUCAAAUCUGCAUCCAAAUGACUCUGGCAUCCAUACUCAGUGGUCUCAUUUAUGCAGGUGUGCACACUGGCAACACAUUCCGGCUCCCCUUUUGUCAAUCCCAUGUUAUCCAUCAGUUUUCUUGUGAUAUUCCCUCUCUUCUAAAGCUCUCCUGCUCUGACACUUUCAGCAAUAAGAUGCUGAUCUCAUCUUGGCUGGGGAUUGGUGGUGGCUGUUUCAUCUUUAUCAUCAGAUUUUACAUUCACAUAUUUUCUACUGUUCUCAAAUUUCCAGGUGGAGCAGACAGAAAAAAGGCUUUUUCUGCCUCUGUCCCUCACAUCAUUGUGGUGUCUGUCUUCCUCAGCUCAGGCUUUUUUGUAUAUCUGAGACCAUCUGAAAACUCUUCCAUAAUGCAGGACAUGAUCUUUUCUGUUUUCUAUUCCAUAAUCCCUCCACUCUUCAACCCUAUUAUCUACAGUCUUAGAAAUGAACAAAUAAAAUAAGCCAUUAAUAAAAUGAAGAGAAUGUUUAUUCAGGAAAUGUACAGGAAAUUGCUGAGGUUCACUCUAAACUAUUGAAUAAAAUUCAUGUUUUCAGCAAUAAAUUGAGAAAUUGAUUGGAAUUGUACCAAAAUAACUGACAUAUAUUUAAUCUAUAAUGUCACUAAAAUAUAUCAUUUAUCAAUAUAAUUUCAUUUCUGAAGAUGUUGGAUUAUCUGAAUAUAGCACUGGGUAAAGAAUCUGGAAUUACAAAUAAGAACUCUCUAUUUAUGCUUUGACAGAUUAGAAGCACUCACUAAAAAUUUAGUCCAAAAAUACCCCAAAAAAGUUAUCUCUAGAAGUAUUUUAUAUUAAGCCCUGUUUUGUAUUUGUUUACUAUUUAAAUAUUUAUAAACCUAGUAUUAAACAGUAGUAUAGAAGAAAUGGUCACAAUCACUCAAAAAUAAAUAUGAAAAAAUAUAGUUUCUUUUGAAUACCAUAAAAUAUGAAUGCAGUAUAGUUGUGAAAAGAGAAGUGAAUUUGGUAGGAGUAUGGAGUCAUGUAUGAGAGGAUCAGAAAUAUUUUACAUAGCUUGUUCAUAGGGCAAGGGAAAUGUAGAUACAUUAUACUUCUUAUCACACCAAAAUUUUGCUAAAAAUGUGUUCAAGUGGCUUAAGGAUACAUUUACUUGAUUAUGCUUUAAACAUUAUUUGCUAGGUUGAUUAAGGAAUGGAAAAUGGUUUUUCCCCACUUUCACAUGGUUAUCCAUGGGCAUCCAUUAAGACCACCGAGAAGUAAAAAGAAUGCUAUUUUGCUUUCUGUUAGUGUCAUUAAAAUAUUUAUCUUUAUUGUCAAUAAUAUUAGCCAUUAUAUAGUAGCUUGUACUGCAAAAAUUAGCAACUCCAAAGUUUUAGUAUAUUAAUACAACGAAGAUUUACUUCUUGCUCUUAGCAUAAGCUAAAUGGAAGCCAUCAGGGAGCUCUCUGAAUUGGAUUCAUUUGACAGAUCCAUUGAAAAUGAUAGUUAGGGGCAGCUCCAGUGGCUCAGCGGUUUAGCGCUGCUUUUCACCUGAUCCUGGGGACUGGGGAUCGAGUCCCACAUCGGGCUCCCUGCAUGGAGCCUGCUUCUCC